GUUUUUAAUUAUUUGUUUGAGAGUAGAUGGAAUUUGACUUCUUGUGGAACGAGUGUUGCAAGCUCCGAAAGCAGUGAGGAACUCUUUUCAUCGGUUUCAUGCGGAGAUCAAGAGGACUGUUAUUCCUUGCUGGACGAUCAGGAAUUCACUCAAAAUGCAUCCUUUGACCUCUUUCCAGAGGGUAGUGUGUGUAGUGAUGUGUCUUCCUCCAUCAGCACCUAUUGGGAUUGGUCUGACAGCGAGUUUGAGUGGCAGCUGGCCAGCAGCGAUUUUGCAAGUGGAAGCGACGUCUUGUCCGAUGUGGUUCCCAGCGUAACGAGUUCACCAUGCCCUAUCCUGAAGAGAAGAAGUAAGCAGCACAGAACUUUGGACGAGCUUCCGUGGAGUGCGAUGACCAAUGAUGAGCAGGUUGAAUAUAUAGAAUACUUGAGUCGUAAAGUUAGCACAGAAAUGGGUCUUCGGGAGCAGCUCGACAUUAUUAAAAUCAUUGAUCCAAAUGCUCAGAUUUCACCCACGGACAGCGAAUUUAUAAUUGAGCUCAACUGUCUGACGGACGAAAAGCUAAAGCAGGUCAGGAAUUACAUUAAGGAGCAUGGGGUCCGCCAACGAAGUGGGCGCGAGAGCUGGAGGAGAGGCAGUCAUGCUGGCUGCGGGCUUAGCGGCCUGAGUGGUGCUAGCAGUAGUAGCGCCAGCUUGGUAAGUUCGGCGAGCAGCAGUGGAUCCAGCGGCAGCAACUCUGCAUCCGCUUCAAGUGCCAAUAUGAGCCGGGCACACAGCGACAGUAACCUGUCCACCAGUGCCGCCGACAGGAUAAGAGACUCAAAGAAGAGAUCCAAGCAGCGCAAACUGCAACAGAAAGCAAUGCGUAAACGCCAGUUGAAGGAACAGCGCCAAGCAAGGAAAGAGAGACUGAGCGGCCUAUUUCUGAAUGAAGAAGUGCUCUCUGUGAAGGUGGCAGAGGAAGAUCACGAAGGAGAUGUGGACAUAUUAAUGUGACCAAAUGUAAACUGGCUAUAUAUAUUGAAUUAUAAAAAUAAUGGAUUAUCCAACCAGUGGGAACGCUGGAGCUAAAAGUUGAGACAGAAGCUAAAAGGGGCUGAUUGCUGUUUACAAUUUAACAUUGUGUACUUUAUUUUGUGUUUUUAAAACAUCUUGGUAAUUCUAUUAAAGCUGCUGAAACACUAAUUUGUAUAGAAAAAUGUUAAAUGUAGUUCAGUCUGUAAGAUAUCCAAAUGACCUGGUGACAACAGAAUGCUUUUGAAACCCUGUAUAUUCCUAUAACACUAACGUGGGCACUAUUUUAGUAGAAAUAUAUUUCAUUUUUUUGUGCUUUGCUGUGGUAUUUGAAAUAUUGCCUGUGGACUGUAUAUAGAUAUUAUAUAUCAGGAUAUUUCAUAUUUUGUUACAAAUUGUUUUCUGCAAAUCCUAUGAAUCUUUGGAAAUUUGGCAGCAUUUGACAAUAACUCAGUAAUGAAUUACUUAUCCGAAUCACCAUAUUGCAUGAUUAUUGCUGUUGACUUUUGCCAUUUUUAUCGAUACAAUCCAUUGUGUUCUGGCUACACUUCAUCUAAAUUGGAUCAGUUGAAUGUUGUUUGCAAGAAUCAGGACCGAGUCUGUAGAAAGGGUCCUGACCCGAAACAUCACCCAUCCUUUUUCUCCAUGGAUGCUGCCUGGCCCGCUCAGUUACUCCAGCACUGUGUGUCUAUCUUUACUCAAAAGGAGCAGUUUAAAAAAAAUGUAUUAACAGAACUGACAAGAGAAAGUUAUAGAACAAAGUUUUGUUUAAGAAAAAAACAAUACUGCUCACGCCAAAAUGAUUUUUUUUCACGACCAAUACAUCUGUGUGGUCACCAAUGGAUAGAAACUUGGGUCGCUCUGAGUGAAACAAAGUGCUGGAAGUGGAUACAGAACUGUUGUUGAUGCUUAUCAACUUGGAAGCCACUAGUCUAGACUGUUGUUUAGAUAUGAGAGACACUCAUGACAAUUGUCUCAACUCAAAUGGAUCUUGCAUGGAUGUAGCUUGAUGCCUCUAGAGUGGCUGAUAAUGGAGACUUAAUUAAUGAACGAUUAGUGCUGGAGUAACUCAGCGGGUCAGGUAGUAUCCCUGAAGGGCAUGGAAUGGCAGCGUUUUGGGUCGGGUCCCUUCGCCAGUGCGAUGAAAAGCCCCAAGCCGAAAUGUCACCUUUCCACAUCCAUCAGAUAUGCUGCCUGACCCGGAGUCACUCCAGCACUUUGUUCUAUGCAAGAUUCCAGCAUCAGCAGAUCCUUGCAACACAAUUAAUGAACCUACCCUCCUAAUUAUCAUUGUUAACUUAAAAAAAAAUGUUAGUUUUCUUCAAAGAAUACUUCACUCCCUUCAUCCACUAGCACUCUGCUUUUCAUUUUUCAAUUAGAGUUGUCAGCUGCAGAGUAAAAAAAUAUGGGGGGAGCUGAAGAGCAUUCGUGUCCAGUUCUUCACAUAUUACAGGCUGGUAUACAUUUCUUUACUGUACCUGUAAGGUUUGUAAACAGAGUAUAAGGUAAUUGAAAAUUGCUUGCUUUCAUGUGUGAAGGAAUAAGUGUAGAAGCAUCAGUAGACCAUGUUGGAUUUUGAUUUAACAAGGUAAUCACUGUGCUCCAGUGAGCAAAUAUUUGUGGCCUUUACCACUGUUUCCUUUACCCUGCAUUGAUUUGUUUAAAAUCUUGCCUUGUGACUUUUGUUGCAAAUAACUGAUACCUUGUUGAAUCCAAACAAGAUGAUUGGCCAGUCAGGUGCAAAAUCUGCAUUAAAAGUAGUUUGAUUUUGGAUAUGGA